AUUUGACAACUAUCGUGGGACCUUACAAUCAUAUGAAGGUAUCGAGGGCCAAUGGCCACUUCAUCUUCGAAAUGGCCGAACAUUGUUUUAUAAUGAAAUAUAUAUGGGAACGUUCCGUAAAGAAACGGCGAAAUUCCCGAUAUCUUUCUAUGGAAUAAUCAACUGUACUGUUUUUGUGAUAAUGAAAUUUGAAGAUUUCGAGAAAGUAAAUCUUGAAGGCAGUGGUAAGCAUUUCGAUAUCAUUCUGAUAUGGAACAUUAUGGAAUACAAAAUAGAAUGCUUUGUUUUGAUAUUCUUGUCAGGACAAUUCAAAUUCUUUUAAAUGUAAUAUUUCUGAGAAUGGACAAGAUUCCUUACUUU